AUGGCCAAAGCCCUCUCUCGAGCCAUGGUAGAGGACAAGCUCCCGCCCCUGGAUGACACCGAAAGAAAGCAGUACAAGUACGCUGGCACACCAGCUAACUUCACUACCAAAUUCUUCUUUGAGGAUGAGAACGCCCUGCGCUGUUGCAGUCGGGCCAUUGUCAAGCGUGCUGUUGGCAGAGCGCUUGCCCGACGGCGACACGGUCAGAUGGUUCGCAGUCCCUGGCCCUGA